CUGUAGCCAUUGUUGUGUAGCCAUUGUGUACAGUCAGGAUGUCCUGGGGAAAGAACGUACGUGUUUUAAAAUGCUUUGCCCAGCCAGUGCACUAACAGACAGAAUUGGCCUACCAUUCGGCAGCCUUGCACACUCCGUAUGACACAUCUAGAAAGGAAAAGCCCAGUGUCUUGUAACUGGGCUGUACUGGGCUGCAGAUUUUUUUUAUUUAUUUAUUUUUUUCCUUUUCGGAUGCCUCCAUUAGCAGUCACUCCAACUGCAAAUGUUUUCCCCAGCACUCAACAGUUCAAAGGCCUAACACACCGGUGACGACACAGCCUUCCUGACACAGGAAAAGUAUUCAGCGCAGAUAAAUUCUUGGUUUCAGAGGAUUACACUGCAACAAUCUCUAUUCUUUCCAGCUUGCUUCAGGGAAGCUGCUGACGUUUAUACUCUCUUUUCGUUAUCUUUGUUCUUCUUUUUUCUAUUUUUUUUUUUUUUUUUUCACAAAUUUUUAUAAUAAUUUUGGCCUUUCCAUUGGAAUGUUGGCUUAGGAUGUUUAUUUUUGUAAUGUCGGACUAAGAUUUGCUUGUUUUCCACAUGGAGGUGAAUUGAGGUGUGUCUCAAGGCUUGUGGGAGAACUUUCGUUACAGAUAUUCUUUGGCUGUGAACUUUAAGAACAUUAAUGAAGAGAACAGGAGGGAAAGUUUUGGAGAAAUCUUCACAUCCAUUGACACUUUAGCAUUUACCUUUGGCAGUGUAGUUUCAGAUUUCCUUAUGGGAGAUGUAGACAAUGGCUCAUCACUGGGGCUUCAUGCAUCUCGUAGAAGUCAGUCAUUUGAAAAUCUCUCUGUGGAGGACUCGGCUGGAUCGAUUCAUGAGAGAGAUGAUAUACAAGGGAACCUACGUGCAGAAGAAGUGGACAACAUGCUCAUGCGAAAUUACAGUGGUGUGGAAUCUGCACUGGCAUAUGCAAAAGCAUGGUCAAAAUACGCCAAGGAUAUCCUGGCCUGGGUAGAGAAAAGGCUUAGUGUGGAAGCUGAAGCUGCUAGAAAUCUUGCAAAAAUGGCCGAAACAGCAAAGUCUAUAGUUGCCCCACAGGACUUUAUGCCUUUCCAACCAAUUUUUACAGCAGCUUUUCAGAAUGACAUUGAAGCUAGCCAGCUGUGCCUGCAAACAAUUACUGCCCUCCAAAGUAACAAAUUCAUCCAGCCUCUUCAAGCUCGAAGAUCAGAGCUCGACAGACAAAGGAAGGAAAUGAAAGAACUUUGGCAGCGAGAACAGAGGAAAAUGCAAGAACUCGAAACUGCUUUAAGGAAAGCAAAGUUACUGAACGUUCAACGACAAGAUGAGCAUGAAAGAGCAAAAUCAAGCACGAUACGUGCCGAAGAAGAGCAGCUCAGUUUAUCUGGAGGGCUCUUGAAGGAUGGCAGCAAACAGUUGGAGAAAAAACGACGUCUAGAAGAAGAGGCUUUACUGAAGGCAGAAGAAGCUAAAGAAAAUUACAAAGCCUGUGUGGCAGAUGUGGAACUAAAAAGGAGUGACAUGGAAACUGUUAAGAGUGAAAUCCUAACACAAAUCCGAGAACUUGUUUAUCAGUGUGACCUCACUCUAAAAGCGGCUACAGUAAACCUGUUUCAGAUGCAGCAUGCCCAGGUGGUAUCGCUGCCUGUCAACUGCCAGUCCCUCUGCGAGAAUGCCAAGCGUUAUGAACCAGGGCAGCAAUUUUCAGAGUUUGUAAGGAACUUGCCUAAGGAUGAUUGCGGUAUUGAAGUCGGGAUCGCUUCAAAUUCGCAAAUUGGUCGGUCUCUUAUGCCAAAGGAAAAAGAGAACAGCGCACACGCCUCUCAUGGGAACUUGUCUCAAGGAUCUGCUGAAUACUCCAAUCAAUCUCCUGAGGAUCUUGGUAGUCCCCCCUAUAGUCGCUCUCAGAAGAUUGGGCAGAAAAGAUCAAGCAGCAGUACUGAUAUUCAAACAUUAAGAGGUCCACCGUUUAGGUCGUGGUCUGUUGGUAACCAGAGUAGUGGCAUGUGCAGCGAUUCUGAGAGUGCAGGUGGGAGCAGCGAGUCAAGAUCUAUGGAUUCUCCAUCAGCUAGUCCAGGUGACUUUAAAAGGCGACUUCCAAGGACCCCAUCGACUGGUACUAUGUCAUCAGCUGAUGAUCUGGAUGAGAGGGAACCUCCGUCACCUUCCGACAAUGGUUUAAAUGACCUUGCUGCUGAGAUUGCAAACUCCAACUCCCCUGGACCUUUCAGGAACACUGUUAUGUCCAAGGCAUCCCAGACCCACAAACUCCGAAAACUGAGAGCCCCAUCCAAGUGCAGAGAAUGUGAUAGCUUAGUGGUGUUUCAUGGUGCUGAGUGUGAGGAGUGUUCUCUUGCUUGCCAUAAGAAGUGCCUGGAAACAUUGGCCAUUCAGUGUGGACACAAAAAGCUUCAUGGAAGACUUCAUCUGUUUGGAGUGGAAUUCACUCAAGCUGCUAAGAACACCCCUGAUGGCAUUCCUUUUAUUAUCAAGAAGUGCACCUCCGAAAUAGAGAGUCGUGCUCUCACUAUAAAGGGUAUCUAUCGUGUUAAUGGAGCAAAGUCCAGAGUCGAGAAGCUGUGUCAAGCGUUUGAAAAUGGAAAAGACUUGGUGGAAUUGUCCGAUCUUUAUGCUCAUGACAUAAGCAAUGUUCUCAAGCUCUACCUCCGUCAGCUUCCAGAGCCUUUGAUUUUGUUUCGCCUUUACAAUGAGUUGAUUGGACUAGCCAAAGAAAGUCAGCGUGCCAUCGAUGAGGUUGACUGUAAAGCAGGCAGCCCUCCGUUGAAGAGACAGCCAUCUGGAGUUGCGCUCAACAGGGUCAUCCUCAAAAUAAGAGACUUGCUGAAACAGCUACCACUGCCAAACUACAAUACGUUACAGUUUUUGGUGGGACAUCUACACAGGGUGACUGAAGAAGUGGAAGAAAAUAAAAUGACUGCCAGUAACCUGGGUAUAAUAUUUGGACCCACACUAAUAAGGCCACGUCAGACUGACGCCACCAUUUCACUCUCCUCUCUUGUGGACUAUCCAUAUCAGGCGCGUAUUGUGGAACUGCUUGUUACAUACUACGAUAAAAUUUUUGAUGUCUCCCGUGAGAUGGUUAAUCCUGAAAAGCUUGUUCUGACAGAGGACAGGGAACUACAGCAGAUUCGCAAGUCGCAGUCAUUGCCAGUUGGCAACGAGAACAUUGUAGUCUCCAAACGUACCUCCUCCCUGGAUGAGAAUUCGUUAGACUUUAAAGGCGUGGAGGAGCAAGAGAGCAUAAAUCAUAGUAUGAGCAUAGUGGAAGAGAAUGAACACAACUCGUGUGACCAUGAAGAUGAAUUGCACCAAGAUUCCUCCUCUGAGGCAGCAAGUCCUGUGUUACAAGUUUCAGAGGAACAAGAUGCCUCUCUCAACACUAUUUCUGAAGGUGAGGUAAGAAAUAAUACAGAAGACCAGGCAAACAAUUCUGUACCUGCAAAAUCCUAUAGACAAAUAUCUAAAGUUCAGUUGAGGGCUCCUCGAGUCAAGACAAUGAUUCGCCCUGUAAGUUUGCCCAUGGAUCGGCUUCUUCCGCCUUCUAUGCUGAAUGAGAAGAAUUCCAGGAAUGUGGAUGUGGCCACCUCUGACAAGUUUGGCAAGAGUCCCAUUAUUGAAGAGGUUUCUGAGACUAAACCUCCAUCCACCAUGAAUUCUUGCCACAGAGCUUCUUGUUAUGACUCUCAAAGUUAUCGUAAACCAUGGGAUAAGCAGUACAAACAGUAUGAUAUCACGCCCAGGACUGCAAUGAUUAUGACGAACGUUCCACAAGAAAUAAGAGCUCAUGAUGGAAGUCCCACCACCUUGUUAUCAAAUACAGCGCUGCCAAAACUACCAUCCGCAAGCCAGCUCAAACCAGUCACUACCGACAGCAACUCAACCGAACCUAACCCACUUUCUGCUUUUAGGGCCCCAAGAACUUUGCAACCAGGAACUUUUUAUGUACCGCCUUCCCAAAAAACAAAGCCAGGUGAAGAGACUUCUCAAACUGAUGCCACAUCUACAAGUGGCAGCAAAGUACAGUAUCAGCACAACAAUAAUAAUGUGAAUCUAGUUGUAGACACAGAUCUGGUAUCUGAAACACAUGGACAAGGCAAAACCUCACAAACUGUUCCAGAGGAGAGUUCACCAUCAGAUGUGAAACCAGCCUUUACAAGACUUCGGCCAAAGCGUCUUCAGGAGUUAGAACACAGAGAGGCCCACUUUGUGUAGCAUAAAACUGCAACAUAUUCUUCUCCACCCAGAAGCGACCUUCAUGUGCCAUUUUGUGAAUACAUUGUUUUUGUUGCGUUUUUUUUAUAUAUAUAUAAAGAACUUUUAACUGGAAAAACAAAACACUGAAGUAUCCCCUUUAAGCCUUGCUUUAUGCUUUUCUACAUCAGAUUGUCUAUUUGUGUAUGCAUUCCCCUGAAUAGAAGCAGUUUAUAAGGUGCACUUAGUGAAAUUUAUAUUGUUUUGAAAAGUGAAAUGCUUAUUUAUACCAAGAAACAGUAUUCAUGUAUGGAACAAACUGUUUUCUAAUGUAAAUUUUGUUAAGUAGGUAAAACAAAUAUUGCAUUCUUAUGACGGCAGCAAAAAAACAUUUGAACUUGCUGAAGGAAAGCAUGUAAUCUGUGCAAUUAAAAAAAA